AUGGCUCAAACUUCACAAAAUUCAGGCUUCCGAAGACUCACUAAUGAAACGGGAUGCACUCGCGAGGUAGGUCAUAUGUUUGAUGGCGAUAAUAGUCUUUACGUAAUAUUAUUUGUUUUUUGGUAUGUGAAUUUCAUAGAGGUGAGGUCAAGAAAUGAAAAGGAUGACUAUUAAAAAGGUCUUGAUGUAUCUAAAAUUAUAUUUAUAGGAAUGGUACAACUGGCCCCACCAAAACUACGACCAAAUGGAAAGCACACUAGCCGUACAUCAAUAUAUUCAACAAGCAAUCAGGGAGAACUGCAAGGAUGUAGAUGCCAUAUUAACCCCGCCUAAAGGUGUAGAUGAAGGAGUUUGGAAGUAUGAACAUUUGAGACAAUUCUGUAUGGAACUGAAUGGUCUAGCAGUACUAUUACAAGACGAAUGCUCUCAGGAAACCUGUGUCAGUAUGAACGCCACUCAAAGUUGGAUCUUUUUAUGCGCGUCUCACAAGAACCCCAAAGAAUGUGCUGCCAUCGAGUACACGAUGCACACAUUGGAUGGAGCUUCAGCACUGUUAAACAGCAACAGAUACUUCCCCAGUCGAGUGACGUUGAAAGAUGCCUCAUUGAUGAAGAUCGGAUCAGUUUGUAGAAGAGUUUACAGAAUAUUUGCACAUGCCUACUUUGAACACAGGAAAUUGUUUGAUCAGUUUGAGGUAUGUAUUUUACAGUUAUCUUGGUUUUAACCAUGCUUUGCAUGAUGUAUUUCUGUCAAGUUUUUGGCAAAGCCGCCUAAAUUAUGUAUUCCAUGCUUAUGUCAAACAUUUUGACUCAUCCUUUGAACAAUAGAAAGAUUUCUAUAGAGAUAAUCGAGAUGAAUAGUUAUAGUUUGCAAAAUUGAAAGAAUAUUUCCAGGAAGAAACGUACCUUUGCAAAAGAUUCACCAAGUUCGUCACGAACUACUCCUUGAUGGGAAGCGAACAUCUUCUAGUCCCGAUCGACGGAGCCGAAGAACAACCUCAGGCGUAA